AGCACACCAACUCGAAAAAGAGACCACGUAACGGAAACGAAACUCAGUGACUCGUAACUCACCAACUCGCUGCCAUGGCGUCGGUUCACAGCACCGUCCCUCCCCAAAGCUUCUUUCCUUCAAUUUCUAAACCAAAAUCAAAACCUAAUUCCAUUUCCAAGUUGCAAAACUUUCCGGCGUCGAUAUUUUCGACGAAUCCGAUUAAUAAACGUGUGAUGGUAUCAACUAAAUCAUCGGCGGAGGAGUUCGACGUGAUAACGGUUCAGAGUGACGAUGUAACGGAUCAACAAGAAGGUUUGAUGGUGAGGCGUGUGGAAAUGGAAGGUGGAGAUGGCGAAUUAGCGACGCAAGUGAAUGGAUUUGGAGCGAAUGAAGGUUUGUUAUCGCUGGAAGGUUUUUCUUCUUCUCCUCCUUCUUCUUCGGGUUUGGUUGGGAAUGAGAAUGAAGAGAGUGUGGAGAAGCUUCUAGAUAGGACUAUUAAUGCUAGUAUUGUUCUUGCUGCUGGUACUUUUGCUCUUACAAAGCUUCUUACUAUUGAUAGUGAUUACUGGCAUGGAUGGACAAUCUAUGAGAUAGUAAGAUAUGCACCUCAGCACAACUGGUCUGCUUAUGAGGAAGCUCUUAAGACAAAUCCUGUUUUUGCCAAGAUGGUAAUCAGUGGGGUUGUUUAUUCUGUAGGAGACUGGAUUGCACAGUGCUUUGAAGGAAAGCCUCUUUUCGAGUUUGAUCGUGCACGGAUGUUCAGAUCGGGGAUUGUUGGUUUUGCUCUACAUGGCUCUCUUUCUCAUUAUUACUAUCAGUUUUGCGAGGAGCUAUUUCCUUACAAAGAAUGGUGGGUAGUUCCUGUCAAAGUUGCCUUCGAUCAAACUGCAUGGUCGGCAGUUUGGAACAGCAUUUAUUAUACGGUUGUGGGGCUCUUGCGUCUUGAUUCUCCAAUCAAUAUUUUCAAUGAAUUGACUGCAACAUUUUUCCCCAUGUUGACUGCAGGAUGGAAGCUGUGGCCAUUUGCUCAUCUAAUUACUUACGGUGUAAUACCAGUUGAGCAAAGACUUCUUUGGGUGGAUAUGAUAGAGCUUAUUUGGGUGACCAUACUUUCAACAUAUUCAAAUGAAAAAUCAGAAGCAAGAAUCUCUUCGGUUCCGGCAGACGUGAAUUCCACUGCAUCUGAGGAGUAAUGAGAAGAGAUUUAUGAUCAGUCAAUCAGAAGUAGUAGGAGGAAAGUGUCUUUUCUGGAAAAGAUUGUUAUAAUGGAGUCAAAUUCAUAGUGCUGGGCCUUAAUUUGGUUUGGACAUAGACUCAUAAUGCAGAAUAUGGAGAAGCUGAUUGUAUAUGUGUAUAAGUUGCAUCCCACGGAAAUUCAUGUAUGUUAGGUAACAUUAUCAACUCUCCUGUAACCAUUACACAAUGUAAUUGUUGAUAAAAUGUAUAAAUAGACAAUUUAUAUUUGAACUUGCCCUCUUGCUUGUAUUGUAAGUCGAGAUAGGAUUCAUUCCAUCAAACAGAUCAAAAUUAUGUAUAUAUGAAAACAGAGAUGACCGAGUUAGAUGGCGGCAAAUACAAUUCCCACAAAUGAUGAGAGUUUCUCUA